UCUACAUUUGACAAAGUUUGGAACAUCGAACCAGUUAAGUUUGCUAUUGUGACUAAAAAUGGUGCGAAAUUUGAAGACUUAGACAUAGAAGGUUUGUUAGCAGUCAAAGAAAAUUUUGACAGAAAGUUCUCAAAACUCGAAGAAGGCAAAGCAUACAAACUUGUUAUACCUUAUGAACCAAAGAAAGCAGACGACUAUGAAUAUUAUGAGUCUAAGAUAGUUGAAGUUCAAGGUAAAUUGGGUAAAAAGAUUUUAGAGUCUAAACCAGUGUUUGCUCCUAAAGAGGAAGAGAACAUUGACAUUGACCCAGAAAUGUUCUAA